AAUCAACCUCGCUUAUCUCUAAAAACUCACUUUUAAACACUCAGAGUCAACGAGAGAAAACAUCUAUCACGAACCAAGACUCCACUACACGAUGAGGAAGCCUGAUAUUACAAGCCACUUUAGGGGCGGGAUGGAAGAGCUCAAGACAGCGGACGGCAUCACACUUUAUGCCCAUAAGAGUAUACUUGACUUGGGAACCGAACCAUGCCCGGACACCCCAUGGGAUAGUUUCACGACUUCUACGGUGGAACGGUUCCUGGAGCAUUGCUAUCAGGGUGAUUAUAGCCCUCCGAAACCAGUUAAACUGCCAUUGGCUACGCCCACAAGCAGUGUUGUCGACGGCGACGGGCACGCCGACGGGGUAUUCCACACCGCAGCUGGCCGUCUUCCUCACUGUCAGUCGGCAAACGGACUGGUCGUAGCUCAGCACGGCCAACACUUUUGCUGCUCCUGUGUCGCCAUCCAAGACGACGACACCGAAGAAGAUGAGGCCAACAAAGACGAUGACGCCGAGGGCAGCGACACCGAAUACGGCGAUGACGACAAAGACGACUCUGGGUCAUUAGGACAUCCGAACGGCUUGGAUUAUUCCGAGGUAUUCUUUGCCCAUGCAGAGCUCUACAUCCUCUCCCAAACCCAGGGACGAAGCUUGCUCACAGCUCUAUGUCUCGAUCGCCUUCGCACAGCACUCGGCGAGGCAGCUAAGGCACCGGUCCGUCCUCGGUUUGCAACAAAUUUGGGUCGUCUACUUUUUUACGUCUACGAGCACGGCAACGUGAGAUUAAUUGAUGACAACCAAGCGCACGACCUACAAAAUCUAGCUUCGUCAUACGCAGCGAUGCACAUUGAAGAGAUGAAAGAGGAAUGUAGUUCACUGAUGAGGCAUGGGGGGAAGAUGGCUGAGGACCUGAUGAAGGAGGUGGCCGAUCGGGCGAUAAAUCUCAAUAGUGUCUUGAAGAAGGAGGCGGAGAAGAGGGAGAGGGAGGAGAGGGAGAAGGAACAGAGGGAGAAGGAACAGAGGGAGAAGGAGCAGAGGGAGAAGGAACAGAGGGAGAAGGAGCAGAGGGAGAAGGAACAGAGGGAGAAGGAACAGAAGAAGAGGGAGGAGAGGGAGCAGAGGGAGAGGGAGGAGAGGGAGCAGAGGGAGAGGGAGGAGAGGGAGAAGAGGGAGGAGAGGGAGAGGGAGGAGGCGGAGAAGGCGAAGAAAUGA